AUCCAAGGCCGCCUGGCAUCAAACAACCAACACUCACCCACGCCAGCCUCGUGACUGUGCCAAAACUCUGAUCUCUUGUCAGGACGACACUCCUACUCCGUCAUCCCGCCUCCGCGAACUGCGCUGCGCCUUUCCGCGUAUCCCGGCGGCCACGAUGCUCUUCGCCGAGGAGGACGAAGGCCACCUCAAGGCGUGGAUCGUCAAGCGCCUUGCCAACACAUCCGACGCCGACUCGGACGUCCUUGCCGAUUAUGUCCUUGCCCUCCUGCGCCACGACAGCGACCAGGCUACCAUCCGCAAGCUCUUCGAGUCCGAAAUCCCCGACUUCCUCAGCGACGACUCGGCCGCGUUCACAAACGAUGUCUUUCAGGCCAUCAACUACAAGUCAUACCUCCCCGGCGCGCCGCCAGCGCCUCCCGCUGGACUUGCGCCUACGGCGGCGCCAUUCGUGUCCCAAGCACAAAAGUCCAGCACGGCUUCAAGAAAGCGGAGAGUCAGCGACCGCGACGAGGACGACGUCGACAUCAUCCUUCACGACGCGCCCGGCCGUGGUGGCGCGCCUGCCCAGAAGCUGCAGAAGACUGGCAGUGACUUUCAAAACAACGGGGCACUGGGCAACGGCGGCUCCGGACAAACGAACGGGCUUUAUGGCCAGCCUGGUUACGGCAGUAUGCCGAACUUCGGCCCCGGCAACGGCUUCGGCACAAACACUCAGGCUUUCCCUCCCAUAGACCCGGCCAUGAUCCUUCAGAAUAUCCAGAUGCUGCAGCAAAUGGGCAUACCCAUACCAGACCCCACGGCGUUUGCGACGCCUGGGCAGCAGAAGUCCUCGCGGAAGAAGAAGAAGCGCUGCAGAGACUACGACAAGAAGGGCUUCUGUGCCCGAGGCCACAAGUGCAAGUGGGAGCAUGGGAACGAGUCGGUGUUUCUACCGUCUUUCAUGCCGCCGCCGCCGCCGGCUGGCGACGCGGCGCUCGACUAUGACCCAAAUAGCCCAGCAAUGGCCAUGGCGGCCAUGUUCGGACCACAGGGGAUGAACUUCCGGAACGGACAACCACACGACAGGACAACACAAGCGAAUGGGCACGAUUCCAAGAAGUCUAAGAAACAGAAAGGGAAGCCGAGUGUGGCCGUCGUCAAUGGUCCAGUGCACGAUCGGUCACGAACCAAGAUUGUCGUGCAGAACAUCCCCAAGGAGAACCUCUCUGAAGAGCAGGUCCGUGAUUUCUUCUCGCAAUUCGGACCAAUCUCGGAAAUCACGAUACAGGAACACAGGCGCCUGGCUGUUCUCAAUUUCGAGACCUGGGAGGCGGCAAAUGCGGCUUGGAGCUCGCCCAAGGUUAUUUUCGACAACAGAUUUGUCAAGGUGUUUUGGCAGAAGGACGAGGCAGAUACUGUCUCGGGCAAGGACGAGAACAACGCCUCGGAGGAAGCCGACUUUGACUUGGACGCGUUCAUCCAGAAGCAGGAAGAGGCACAAAGAAUCCACGAGGAGAAGAUGAAGAGACGAAAGGAGCUCGAGAAGGAGAGACAGGAUCUCGAGGACCGCCGGAAACGACAUCUCGCCGAGAAGAGGGAGCUGGACGCGAAGCUGCGUUCUGCGUCGCCGUCGGCGCACUCGGAGCGGAAGUCCAGCGCGCAGACGGAGGCGCUACGGGCUCAGCUGGCUGCCCUGGAGGCCGAGGCCGACUUGUUGGGCAUCGAUCCGGACGCUGUCCAGGAAGAUUCACAACCCUGGAGUGGUCGCGGUGGCAGGGGAAGAGGUGGUUACCGUGGACGAGGUGCAUGGCGUGGUGGUUACGCUCCGCGCGGCGGUCGUGGAGGCGGCGGACCGGGCGCUAUCGAGGCCCGGCACGCGGCGUAUGCACAGUAUUCGCUCGAUCUGAGGCCCAAGGUCGUCAUUGUCUCUGGUGCCGAUUUCACGCUGCCCAGCAACGAUGAAUCCUUGCGGCAAUACCUCUUUAGCGUCGGCGAGUUUGAGAGCAUCCGUGCGGAGCCCGAGGCCACCCAUAUCACCUUCAAGGACCGCAAGACGGCCGAGCAAUUCAUGUCGGGUCUCGCGUCUUCGGACAACACCCUGGCAGGCGUAGACGAGAAAUUGGAGCUGGCGUGGGGUCAGAACCUCACGCCCGCUGCGGCGGCGGCUAGCAGGCAACAAGCAGCGGGAUCUGCUGCUAAGACAGACGGCGACGACGCGGGCAGUGAGGCUGGUGGUUCUGAGGACGGCGAGAUCCAAGACGAUGGCGACGGCGACCACGGAAUGGAUGGGGACUUUGGGAUGGGCCAUGGUCGCGAUCAGGGCGACAUGGACUAUGAUGCUGGAGAUGACUGGAUAUCAUAAGCGCGCAUGGCAGGACAAAGAUACCCCAGGAUAUGCUGGCUCUUGCUCGAGAGUGUGAAGCACAAUGGUAUGCUCCGCGAUAUAAAACUCGCGAAUAUACUUUGCUCAAGAAUGAGCCCGAUAUGACUUUCUUUGUAUGCACGGCACACGUCUUGACC